AUGGCGGUGGCCAAUUUUACGCGUCCGGCCCCGUUGCAGAUCCCGGCCUACCAUAUUGCCCAAAACUUCUUCGAGACCUGGGCACCUUCGGGCGACGAAAGCAAUCUGGUCGCGAUUCCGACAAUGAUCCCCGACCAAACCGGACCGCUGCCUCUGCGGGGACCAGAUACGCGACUGCCUAUGGAUUACUACUGCAAAUACAACGACUGUGCGACCCUAGCAAACAUCUCCCGUACCUUCGGCCGUCGCGUCCAAAAUAUUUACCACGCCUCGCCCCUUGGUCGCGCUCAGGAUCGCCUCGACGCCUCCGGUAGCAGCGCCAUGUUCGGCGGCUCCCGAGGACUCAUUCCCAAUGAACUUAGGAGACAGGCACAGGGACCCCUCACCACCCUCGGCUUCGACGCCGCCGCCUCCGUCAUUGAAUCCGCCCUGCCCGACCCUGACGGACCCGUUACCCGAACUGCCACCCGCCUUACCCGCACUCUAGUCUGGGACAACCUUGAACUCGUUGCACCCAGUCCAGACCGACGCAUGGCCAAUGCUCUAGCCCGGAUGCACGCCCGAGACAUGGUCCUCUGCAGAGUCAGCGGCAACACGCUCCCCUACUGCCGUCAAAUCUCCGUCUUCAACACCACACGCGGAGCCGACGGACUCUACAAUGACCCGCUCGACGCCACAGCUCAAGAGGAGGCCGCCCGAGCUGAGGAGGCCGCCCCCGCAGAUGAUGAGGAAGACCUGGGACGGCCCAUCAUCGGCUUCCGGGUCGCAGGCGUCGCCAAAUCCUGCGCCAUCCAGGGAGGCUGCCCCACCAGCAUGGUGGUCACGCCAGACAUGUUCGAACGGAACUACUAUGGAAAUACACUCAUGCGACACACAGACCGGAACGGUGUCGAUUGGUACCUCAAGUUCUUCUAUGACGACGCACGCAUACCGUCCAGGCGGAAUCUACCGGGCAUCCUGGACCGGGUGUCUUUCGACGCUGUCUUGAUGCCAAAAUAUCACAACUUAACUAAAGUUAUUGAUGAGAAACUUCCUUUCCUCUACUAUAAUCGGAAGACUGACCAAAAGGGCAAAACUGAUCAGAAAGGCAGCACCCAUGACCAGCCACUCCACGAAGCUCUAAGUUGGUGCGAUGGCAUCUACCCCAUGCGGGAUGCGCCUGACUCGAACCCCUUGAACCCAACCAACUGGAAACGGCCCUGGCUCGACUGGAUGUACGCUGUGCCCGGCAAGAACGAGCUUAAAUGCCACGGGCCCUAUGACUUCGAUUUCAAACUGUGCGCAACACCCGUAGCUCUCAUUCUGUAUCCUCUCCAUGAAUGUCCUCAGGCCGCCUAG